AGGAAGGAUACACGGAGGGGAUGACGCCAUAUAGCGUCGCGACGCGCAGCGUCCGAUUUAGUUUCUACUCAAAGUUUCAAAGUCACACUAUUCAGGAAAGCUAUCAUCGCUGUCGAGGAAACGACAUAGCAACAAAAUGCCGGCUCGCAACAAAGAACAGGAAGCUGAAGUUCUUUUUUGGAUCGAAGCUGUAUUGGGUGAGAAACUCCCUUCUGGAAACUACGAAGAUAUUUUGAGAGAUGGUGUGAUUCUUUGCAACCUAAUUAAUAAACUUGCACCCGGAUCGGUUAAGAAGAUUCAAUCUAAAGGCACUAAUUUUCAACUUAUGGAAAAUAUUCAAAGAUUCCAGGCGGCGAUUAAAAAUUACGGUGUACCGCAAGAAGAAAUUUUUCAAACUGCGGAUCUCUUUGAAAGACGUAACAUCCCUCAAGUCACUCUCUGUCUAUAUGCACUGGGUAGACUUACUCAGAAACAUGAUUGGAAUGGACCAAGUUUAGGACCGAAGAUGGCAGAAGAGAACAAGAGAACCUUCACUGAGGAUCAGCUUCGUGCUAGCGAAGGUCAAUUGAAUCUUCAAAUGGGUUACAAUAAGGGUGCUAGUCAAGCUGGCCACGGUGGCUUUGGAAAUACUCGACAUAUGUAAAUUUUUUAUGGAAGCGAAUUA